UUUUUGCGCAAAUUUAGUGACUGACAAUUUGACGACUGCCCUGACUGUCUGAGUUGUGUUUAAGACUUGACUUCUCCUAGAAGUAGAAGGGAUGAUCUUACAUUAAUAAUAACCACAACUUGAUGUGACCAAGAGAAAAUGUCAGGAAUAGCCAAUCUGGGAAUGGUUGAUGGUGCUCUUCAGAGUGUGGACAAAGUCCAGUCUUACAUCACCAUCGGAAUGGAGGACAUCAUUGAAGUAUCGCUCGAUCUUGCCGAAACAGCAACGGAAGGAGAUGGAACAGAGACUCAGCUGGAAGACUUGAAAAAAAUGAUGGAAGAAUAUGCCUCCAUGGAGCAAGAUCUGCAUCAGUAUGUCAAAGCAGUCAAGCAAGUCAAGGGUCAGAUUCAAAGGUUAGGCAUCGAGGAGCAGAUGAAGGUUGAAGUGUCACAACUUGUGAGACAGGCAGUCGCAGACAUUCAGAAAAAGGAUGACGAUGGGCAGUUGGGCAGACACAGCAAGAUGGAUGAACUCAUACAGAAGAUGUGGCAAUACAGAAAUGCUGGGGACAGUAUACCAACCACAAGCAAUGCACAAGGUGAUGAUGAUGUCAUCAUGACACAGUGCGAGGUGACGACAGUGUGUCCAAUCACACGGUGUGAAAUGACGGACCCAGUCACCAACCGACACUGUCAGCACAACUACGAGAGAGCGGCCAUCAUGCAGAUUGUGAAGAAUCGCAAGAACGCAAAAUGUCCUGUAACCGGUUGUGGUAACCAGAUUCCUAUCACAAAGUCAGACCUCGUGGACAAUCGACAACUGAAGAGAUUCAUUGAGCACAGGAACAGACAAGAAAACAGAUCUUAGGACCAACCAACAGACUGUCUGGGGGAGGGAAGAGUUUAAAUAUAAAUACCAGUUGAACUAAUAAAAAAUAACCAAGGGGGACUUGAACCUGUGGUUUGUGCAAUGAUCCACAGGCCUUCCUACCAACCAGUCCACCGAGUCCUGUGUUGAUGGUCACUGCAUUGUAGCAUUUAGCAGGGGUGCUAUAUCUUAAAGAUUUUCUGCAUGAAAUUGGCUAGAGGAGUAUACACUAGAGAAUUUGGAUUAAUGGGGAGCAACUGAUUUAAUUAACAUCAGAUACAAAUUGGAAAACACUUCACUUUGGUAGGGAUGGGCUAGGGGAGCUCAGAGAGCAUGUGAGACUGGAGGAGGGAGGACACAAGGAAAUCCCAGGAUGUUAGUUUAAGUAUACAAGUUGGAAAGGGUAUUGAGGAUCAGGUUUAUUGUAUGUCCCAAAAUGAACCUUUUUCAGGUGCUUUGUAUUAUUCUCAUAUUUAACGAGGGUAGCCUGUUCACUGUAAAGGGGUCUUCCACAGGGCCCUGCUACAAGGUCACAGGUAUCUGCUGAAGGUCAUCCAGAAAAGCCACCUGUGUACUUGCCGUUGAAAGGCAGUGAACUAUUUAUGUUGAGAUCUUAACGGUUCAGGAUGAAAAGACUUGUUCCGAAUCAGUACCAUAAAUCAAAUCAGGUUCCUGGGACAGCUGUGUGUUUUUGUACUGUUUCUGUAAACAAAACUUGAAAAGAACUUUGAUAGUUUGAAGAGUGAAUUUGUUUUCUUGUGUUUGAGUAAAAUACUCCAGAAUUGGGAAUGAAA